AUGAAUCCACCGGAGUGUCUUCCUCCUGAGCCUCCAGAGAUGAAUCCUCCGGAUGUGCCACCUCCUCCGCUUUUUGAAGGAGCGCCUCCAGAGAAGCCACUUCCUUUACCUCCGGAGAAGCCACCAGACGAACCACCUCCGGAAUAUCCGCUUCCUGAACCUCCAGAGAAGCCACCUCCUGAGCCCCCUAUGAAGCCACCUCCUUUACCUCCGGAGAAGCCACCAGACGAACCACCUCCGGAAUAUCCGCUUCCUGAACCUCCAGAGAAUCCACCUGAGCCCCCUAUGAAGCCACCUCCUUUACCUCCAGAGGAGCCACCAGACGAACCACCUCCGGAAUAUCCGCCUCCUGAACCUCCAGAGAAGCCACCUCCUGAGCCCCCUAUGAAGCCACCUCCUUUACCUCCGGAGAAGCCUCCUGAUGAACCACCUCCGAAAUAUCCGCCUCCUGAACCUCCAGAGAGGCCACCUGAGCCCCCUAUGAAGCCACCUCCUUUACCUCCGGAGAAGCCUCCUGAUGACCCACCUCCGGAAUAUCCGCCUCCUGAACUUCCAGAGAAGCCACCUCCUGAGCCACCUAUGAAGCCACCUCCUUUACCUCCGGAGAAGCCACCUGAUGAACCACCUCCAGAAUAUCCGCCUCCUGAACCUCCAGAGAAGCCACCUCCUGAGCCACCUAUGAAGCCACCUCCUUUUUCUCCGGAGAAGCCUCCUGAUGAACCACCUCCAGAAUAUCCGCCUCUUGAACCUCCAGAGAAGCCACCGGAGCCCCCAGAGAAGCUACCUCCUUUACCUCCGGAGAAGCCACCAGAAGCACCACCUCCGGAAUAUCCGCCUCCUAAACCUCCAGACAAGCCACCUGAGCCCCCUAUGAAGCCACUUCCUUUACCUCCGGAGAAGCCACCAGCUGAACCACCUCCGGAAUAUCCGCCUCCUGAACCUCCAGAGAUGCCACCUCCUGAGCCCCCAGAGAAGCCACUUCCUUUACCUCCGGAGAAGCCACCAGAUGCACCACCUCCGGAAUAUCCGCCUCCUGAACCUCCAGAGAAGCCUCCUGAACCACCAAAGAAGCCACCUCCUUUACCUCCGGAAAAGCCACCGGAUGCACCACCUCCGGAAUAUCCUCCUCCUGAACCAAUAGAGAAGCCACCUCCUGAACCUCCGGAGAUGAGUCCACCGCAGUGUCCUCCUCCUGAGCCUCCAGAGAUGAAUCCUCCGGGUGUGCCACCUCCUCCGCCGUAG